AUGGCUCCUAAUUAUGUGAUGAUAGUUGCUCUGAUAACAUUUAUUUGCUUUUCACUAUCUUUUGGUGAUGAUGCUAUGUUACUAACGUCACACAACAAUCUCAUAGCCAAACCUAACUGCAAUGAAAGUUGUGGAAAUGUCAACAUCCCUUUCCCAUUUGGUAUGACCCCAGAUUGCACACUACACGAUCAGUUCCUUGUCACUUGUGAUUACUCCUUUCCAACUCCCCAGCCUUUUUUAGGAAACAGUGGUAUUGAAAUCACUAGCAUAUCUCUCUCUGGGCAACUUAAUGUCUUACAGUUCAUAUCCAGAGAUUGUUAUCGUGAUGGGAUAAGCACGAAUAGAACCAAGCUAUUUAUAGUAUUACCUUCGUUGUUAACUGUGAACAACACUGCGAAUAGCUUCAUCGCCGUUGGCUGUGACACGUAUGCAAUUGUUCAGGGUUAUUAUACCAAGUUUGGAACUAAAAUCGAGUAUCUCCCCUACAUAACAGGAUGCAUGUCCAUGUGCAAUAGUAUUGAUGAUGUUGUUAAUGACACAUGUUCUGGGGUCGGUUGUUGCAAGACAUCCAUCCCUAAGGGUGCAUGGAAUGUCACCAUAACACUAAGCAGCUAUUAUAAUUAUAAUGAUACUGAUAUGAAAAAUGACCUUAGUUGCAGCUAUGCUUUUGUGGUCGAUCAAGCUAAUUUUAGCUUUUCUAAGACUUACCUCAGCAGUUUACAGAAAGCAGAGAAGCUUCCUCUCGUGCUAGAUUGGGCAAUUGGUGAAGAAACAUGUGAAAUAGCUAAGAGAAACUCGACUACAUAUGGAUGUAAGAGUAAAAACAGUGAUUGCCAGGAUAAUUCAAAUGGAUAUCGAUGUUCCUGCAUGCAAGGAUAUGAUGGGAAUCCAUACCUGAAAGAUGGUUGUCAAGAUAUCAAUGAAUGUGUAGAUCGGAAACUAGAUUAUAGGUGUGUCACAAAUGCCAUUUGCAACAAUACAGAUGGGAGUUAUACAUGCACUUGCCGUCCAGAUUUCAGUGGCGAUGGUUAUACUGAAUGCAAUCGUGACAAUCCUCAGAGAAAAAUUCAGAAUAUUAAUCUUGUUAUAGGUACCUUUCUCAACUUCUUUGGAAUUCUGCUGGCAAGAGGUUAA